UUAGCGUUAGCAGAACGGAUGUCUUCCACUUUAACUAAACUUGAGUGGUCAAGAGGGCCUCAUUCGUCGAAACCUUACAGUGAACGUCUUCAAACUUUGAGUUCGGGGGUUCAACAAGCGUCUUCUACCAAUUUGCUUCCUUAUUUUCUUCAACAAACCUCUGAACCUUUCCAGCCACGAUUUGAAUACUCUAAGGAAGAAUUGCUAGCUUUAUAUAAAUCGGACGCGCCCAUCCCAGAUGGACUUCUGGAACACGAUUCACUUUUAUCCCUCGAAAUUUUGCCUCCACUUUCAAGCUGUGACUUAAUUUUUGCAUCGUCAGGGAGGAAGUCAGAGGAUGUUAACAGCAAAGUGGCUACUCGGGGGGCGCGUGGGACUCCACGUCAGCUGAAGACCCGAACCGUUGAAUCGCACAACUACUUUGGACGUAUGCAGCGCCUUAAUACCAUGGCAACUGCCUUUCAGCAACGCAGUUGUAACACGAGCGAUCUUGCGCGACCUCUUAAUUUUGAGAAGGAGGAGUUGGAGUGCGCAGAUCUUUUGGAGUCUCGCUCGAAAGAUGUUCCCGUGGAAUCCUCUAUUCCGCUUCAUAUCGAGCACCUCGAAACCUCUUCUGACUCUGCGCAGCGAGAUGAGUCUUGUCCUGUGGAUGACCCGGGCAGCCCGCAAGCUCUCCGUGCCUCUUCGCCCCAUCAACCUCGCUGGGUUUACAGGGACAUGAAAGGGGACAUUCAAGGACCAUUUACAUCGGCGGAAAUGCUAAAUUGGUACCGGUUUAACUUUUUGAGCCCGGAUCUACUCGUCAGGGACAUCACGCGACAUUCUGACUUCCUUCAGCUCGCUGGCCUUAUCCAGCGUUCCGGUGGCCUCCCGUUUGCUGACUCCGCCGAGCUGGCUGGCCGGCCUUCGCAGGAUGAGUUUUCUGACACGCUCCACCCCAACUUGUGCGGCCGUCCUUUUAGUUCGGAACGCGUUGCCCCCCAAUCCGCCUACUUGUCUUCCUUUAACCUUAACCCUACACCCUUCAGCGAUACUCCCCAUCCUCUUAUAUGUACUGCGCGUUCUGAUAAUAACACGCGCUUUCCAUUAAAUGACUGUCAAGCCUUCUCGUCGGGCGAUCUCUUCUUUUUGCCGCCGCCUCAUCGCGAAAUGGCUACUUCCUCUGAAACUUUAUCAGAGAAGAAAGACUUAGAGGGUGUGGCCUGUCCACCUUCUCCUGUUUCCUUAUCCACUUGGUUGUCUACCGACCACUUAGCUGGCGGGAAGAGCGAUCAUUUUGGUAGUGAGUUGGGUGUUCCGCUAAACAACAACAUAAUAGAAAAUUAUAUUAACACGGAGGAAGUCGAGACUACCAUUAUGCGUUUAGGGCUACAGGAUCUCGCAUUGCAGCAACUUUCUUUAAGACCAAAACUGCAUUCGCUGACGAGCACUCCGUCGUCCGCCACUGCCGAACAGCGAGCCAGCAUGCUGCAGAGCGCAGUAAAUACACAUUUCCAGCAUCAACUCCUAGAGAAGCGUUUGCAGGCGAAAACACACUUCCUUGAUGAACUUCGGGCCAUUUCUAAGCGUUACCCGCAGGAACAGCAUGGGGACUUGUUGGCGCAAGCACAAGAGCAUUUUCAACGUCAACUUAAGCCGUUGGAGAGUGAUAUACUUCAACAACGGGAGUCAGCUCUCAAACAGUUAAAAGCACAGUUAGAUGGCACAUCCGACCCACCGUUUGGGUCAUUUAUGCCACUGGAGCCCCUAUGUUCUUCCAAAGAAGCAAACGCAAGUACCCUCUCAUCCAUAAGCAGCUCCCCCGUUGUUCAAGAACAGCCCUCCUCGCACGAACAACCAACCGGCUCUCAGGAACCUCUUGAAAACACGCGCAGUGCCAAGAAUAAGGGGAAAAACAAAAGAAAUAAGAAUCACCAGGAAAUUAAAAAUACAGCAGGCCUGCAAGAACAACCCAUUAUUGCACACCAAAAUGGCGAUAAAAAGGAGAAAUGUGAGAAUAGUAGUAAGGGAUGCACGCUGCCAACCAACGCCACUAAGUGCAGUGGCCCAUCCGCUCUUCCAGAGGGCCCUAAAAAAACCACUAAGCCCGAGAAGUCCCCCUCGGUAUCAAAGAAUUGCAAAACACCUACAAUUGCUAGUAAAAAACCGCAGACGAGCACUGUUGCUCCGUGGUACUUAGUGGUCGCGUCUCACGCGGCUUCACAUACGAAUACGCCAUUUUUGAGGGCAGAGAGUUUAGAAAAGAAGAACAAAGUUGUUCUGGAGAGAAAAAAAAGAGGGCAACAGAUAACCAAAAAGGCAGCUUGCCCUGAGCCAGUACCAGAGCCCGAACAAGGAAAACAGCUAACGAAACUGCUUCAUCCUACUUCCUCUCCAAAAAACGCAGUGGGGGCUUUGCUAGCUACCGACGUUACUUCUGUGGACCCUCUUGAAAAGUCCCCUUGGAAUCAAGUAGGAGCGUCACGAAGAACCGUUUCUGAUAAUGUAGAGAAGCCAAAAUCAAAGAAAAAUUUACAGACAAAUACAAAUAAUCUUUCUGCUUCCGUCGUUCCUGUAACGGUUUCGCUUCCCUCCGCUGAAAAAAGCUGCCUUCCCUGCGAAAAAGAGUUUCGGGAAUGGUGCAAAGAAAAACUAACGAAGCUUGGCUCCAGCGAAAUUGAUGUGGCUUCUGUUUUAGCUUUUUUGUUUCAGUUGAAGAACGUCAUGUUGGUUAAGGAAUCAAUCCGAGAUCUUUUGGGGAACGACGCUGAAGCCUUUGCUUUUGCUAAGGAGUUCUGCUUGCGGAAGGCUAAGGUUAUUGAAGCCAGGAAGAAGGCACAGCAGCUGGUCUCACCGAAAAUUAAAAAUACUCAAAGUAUUAACGAUCAACCUUACAACACUCAGAAACCUUUAGAUCCCUCGACAAUCACAUCCUCCCAGAGCGCGUCUCCGUUAGUUAGCACAAAUCUAUCAUCAAUCUUGGAAAAACAGAAUAAGCAAACUGUUAUUGUUCAAGAAUCAUAUUUUCCUACAUUGAUGCAGUCAUAUAAUAACUUGUAUAAUCUUAGUAAACAAACUAGUGAAGGUGUGUGUGAUGAUGCCUCUUCGGCGGUUGCGCUUAAUGGAAGUGGUAAUACAACUAAAAAACCAACUCAGCCACCUUUACACAAAAAACAGUUUUCUGGUAUAACUGAAAAAAAGCUUAUAACUAGUCUAUUGUCAGAAGAAAAUGGGAAAAAAAAUAGAAAGAGUAAAAAACCUCAAAAACUAAUUGAUUCUACAUAUUUAGCCUUUACUUCUAGCGACCUAGGCUUUCGGACGGCGACCUACUAUGAAGAGAAAAAACCACCGACUCGUUACCAGCUGAAUAGGUUUCCAAAAUUGAAUUUGGAAUCUUCGAAAGCUGGCCAACGAGCAACUGGCUUCGUUGAUUAA